AUGGGCUUGGCGAAAGGUCUGAUCAAGAUCGUGCUUAUUCCCUUGGUGGCAUUGGUAGUCAUCGCCCUGAUAAUCGUUGCUUUGAUCUUUUGCUUACGAGCAAAGCGUGAGAAAGAUCUGGAAACCGAAAAUUCUUUUCAACCGCCACCCAUUCAAGAUUGGGUGUUUGGUCCACAGCAACAGAUGCUUCAGCAACAGAUCAUGAAGCAACAGCAGCAGCAACAACAACAGCAGCAGCAACAAGCCUUUGUUGUUCACCAACAACGUCCGGACUCAUGGCAGCACGAGGCUCAGUUACAGUACCCGAGUCCUGUUGCGGGAGCACCUCCGGGUUAUUCGAAUCGGAUCACUCCGGUGACACAAUGA